AAACAUAGUGUAAGUGAUAACUAAAAGAAGAGGGAAAAAAAAGACCAAGUCAAAACAGAGAAAACUGAAAUCGUGCACUUUUUAAGUAUAUCACAAAUCAUAGAGAUAGUGGGGAAGUGGUGCGAUUAUUUCUCUAAAGCAGGGUGAUGAUCGUUUGUUUUGUAAACCGCAAAAUAGUUGUAUAUAUUCAAGUUGCUUCUCGUUGAAAAAACAAAACUCUUCUGCUCUUCUCCUCCUCUGUGUUCACAAAUAUAUCUGGUGGUAGAAUGACUAUCAAAGACAAUGGUAAGGGUAACUUGCCCAUCAAACAUCAAAGAGCUGCUGCAAGAGAAGAGUCUUAUGAUGUACCUGAUACAAUGAAAGAUUUAAAAUCAACUGUCGAUGAUGCAUUGGCUAUUCUGCAGGUUCAUUCAUCUCAAAUGAAUGAGAUGAAAAACAUGGUCAGCAUCAUGUUAGGCAAAAUGGUCCUAAUAGAAACCAUGUUGCAAAAGGCACCAAAAACCAGCGUACCCAAUUUGAGUCAAGUCCCUACAGUAGCCAAAAGAAACAAAGCUUCGGUCCCAGAACAAAAAAGUGUGGCUAAGUCUCCAUACAACCAAUCCAAAUCUUCAUCAAAUUACAUCUUGCUAGAUUCAGACAAUGAUGAUGACUAUAAAGUCCAGAUGAAAAAAUCUAGCAUUCAGUCCAGCUGCUCACAGGGAAGCAAGACGAAGAAAAAGAUAUCUCCAACGAGGAACGAUACAACAAUGUCAAAGAGAUUGUCUUUCUCAACUUCACCAAUAGGGAGACAUUUAAAGGUUCCUAAAUUAGAGAUUAAUGAGAAUAAGAUAAUGUCUAAGCUUGUUCAGACCAACUUCGUAACCACAAAAGAAAUGAAACUUCAACUAGUGGAAGAAUAUGUUUCAUGUUAUGUUUUCCAUGAUAAGAAUGAUCCCAGUGAGGAAUUGUUCAAGGUUGAAACCCUCAAAGGCUCGCGAAGGGAAUUUCAGACUUUGUGUCCUGGAAGAGUAAUUGAUAGAGAGAUAAUUCACAUGAUGUCCUUUAAGAUGAACUGGAUGGAGAGGAAUGCUGCAUCACAGACUAUUUGGUCACUCCCCCCUUCAUUUGCCGUAGAUGUAUAUGGUGGUGUGACCAUUGAAGAGCUCAUAGAAAAGUAUGGGAAGAACUGGAUGCCCCAUUUCGAGAAUCUUAAACAUAUUUAUAUUCCAAUUGACGAUUGUGUUGGAAAUUGGUUUUUGAUGGUUGCUGCUGUUGACGACCAAGUAUUGUAUCAUCUUGACCCGGGGUUUGAAACAAGAACUACUAUAACUAGACAGGGGGUCAUUAAGAAAGUGUGGCAAGUUAUCACCGAAAUGGUACAAACUAUGGCGCAAGCAAAUUACUAUCCACCAGAGUUUCUACGUGAAGUGGACAAAGACAAUUGGGAUAUGGCUGACCCUGUAGGACUUGUUUCUGAAGGAUUUUGUCAGCACUCUGCGGUGUGGGUCUUACAGUGGUUAGCAAUGGGUUCGUCCUUUACACCAAACAUUCAUGUCAUGCUGAAAGAAGAUGUUGUUAGAAUGAAGGCGGCAAUGGAUUUGUUGUUGGGUGAUCAUAAUGAACACAAAGACAUCCUGGUGGAAAAGGCUAGAAAGGCUUGGCAUAAUAAUAUCAAUAAUGCCUAGAAAUCCAAAAGUUUCAAUUAGUUUUUGCUAGGACAUUGUAGGCAUGUCUACAAUGGGUUAAUCUGUUUUCCAUUUUUCCUAUGUUUUUUUGUUUUUCGAUUACUUUGGUUAGUUUUGCUUAUUGUUGUUUUACACCGCACUCUUUUCUUUUUUCAACAUGGUUUAAACUUUGAGUUUAUUUAGUGAAGUUUUUAACAAUGUCAUUGUUUCAUGCAAAGGUGUUGUUUGAUGUUUAGCAAUCUUGGAUGUAUCAUUUUACUUUUGCUUAUUAGCACUUAUGGUGCAUAAAAUCGUUGAUCAUA